AUGUUUCAGGAGCGCGACCGAACGCCGGACCAGAUCGAGCGUCGUGUCAAAUACCUUAAGCUGCACCGAAAGACACACGAUUCAUCGGAUGAAGAUGACAAUAAGAUCAGCGAUUCUGUUGGUGAUGAUUUUGGCGAUGUUGAGAAGAAAAGUGUGCGAGAGUCCAGACUGGAAAAGGAUCUCGCAACUCUUGAUACCGCUCAUCCACGGCGACGACUACGUCGGGGAGCAAGACUUAGUGAUGAGGAAAGUGACGAUGAAAUUUUCUUAGGACGAGAGGCAGAUCCAUCUUUGGUGACCAGCAAAACCACCAGUGAGGUGACCAAAGCGGUUAAUGGUGCUUUAAACGCUACUUCUGACCCAAAGGACGACGUGGAGACUCAAGUGCAUAUAGACAGCUCAAACUUGAGUCUCCAUAAUCAAACUAAGCAGUCAUUUAUUAGUCAGGAACCCGAGACAUCUCUGGCUACUGACACAUCUAGCAACAAACCUGGCAAGGAGGCAGAAGAGGAUGAGGUCUUAGCUGGUAUGAACCUUGUGGAGAUCAAUGGCAGCCAGAAGGACGUUCUCUUGAAGGAUAUUGCACCACAGUCCCGUAAACGAAAACGCGAUUCCGAAGAACACGAGGUAAUUAGCGACAUGCAACCAAAGACAAAUUUAACUCAGGGAUGA